AACCUGACUAGUGGCUGUCGGAUGGUACGCCUCGAUUAUGCACAUUCCUUGUAUGCCGGCUUACAUGCAAGGCACCAGCGUUCCUUUGAAGUAGACACGAUACGCAUCUUCAAGCCUCGGGUGAUGCUAUGGAUUAGUGAACAUGCACAGCGAUAUAAAGUCAGGUGUUCAAUCAAGUUCAAGGAUACCAGUCUACAUCCUAUAUUUACUGGUUCAACACAAACAAGCACUGUGGCGCAAAUACCAAGCGUCUUACUGACCUUAACAUAUUGACCAUGUCAACGGCGACACAUCCGGCAUCUAAGCUACCGCCACCAUCUUUCUCUAAACUCGGUCCGCGCAUGUCCCUUUACACCCCACCAUCGCACGCCACCGGCGAACUCAUCAUCCUAUGUACGUGGCUCGGCGCAGCUCGGAAGCACAUCGACAAAUACAUCUCAGCCUACCUUACCAUCGCACCCAAUGCCAAAAUCCUACUCAUCCAAAGCGACGUAACAUCCGUCACAAGCUCCUACCCUAACCAACGCAAAGACAUCAUGCCAGCCGUCGAAGUCGUCCGCGGUGUGCUAAGUCAUACUACAAAGUACCCACCAAACCCCAAAAUCCUCAUCCACACCUUCUCAAACGGCGGCCCCAUCUCCGCAACCGCCCUCCUGCUCGCCCUUCAUACCCAGAUCUCCACACCCUUACCCAUCACCGGCAUCAUCAUGGACUCCGGUCCCGCAGCAGGAUACUACUGGAAAUCCUACAACGCCAUGGUUCUCUCCCUGCCAUCAGGUCUCCUCCGAUCAGCAGGCUACGUCUUCGUUCACGGUAUCCUAUUAAUCUUGUUCGCGAGUGUAGCAUUGGGGCGGUAUGAGUAUCCUGAAGUACUGGUUCGUCGGACGCUGCUAGAUGAGAGGUUCGUUUGUGAUGGUGGGAGGGGUGGGAAUGCGAAAGGGAGGGUGUGUUAUUUGUAUAGCAAGGCUGAUCGGAUGACGGAUUGGGAGGAUGUUGUUGGACAUGCGGAUAUGGCGAAGGAGAAGGGGUGGGAUGUGGGAGAGGUGGUGUUUGAGGGGACGCCACAUUGUGGGCAUUUGGUGGGGAAUGAUGGGGCCUAUGUUGGGGAGAUGGGGAGGAUGUGGGAAGGAAGGGCAUUUGCGUGUUGA